AUGGCCUCAUUUCGUAGUACGGGGAUCAGAUACUCCGAGACUAAUGGCACGCUUGCGCCCAAACAUGUCCUGUAUUCUGAGAUCUUGUCAGUAACCUCAGUCAUGCGCAAGAAUUCGCGCUGGGCAUCUACAAGUCAGGCCUUCAACACCCGUGAUUCUGCUUUAGCAAGUAAUCUAGGCCUCAGACGGACCAUUGACAGUAUUCCAAUAAUAAACAUCCUCAGCCCAUUCUUUGCCAUCAUUCGUUCUUCACUUUCAACCGGACCAAUAACAUCCGCGGCGCUCUCGGCACUCCACUCUUUCUUUGUUUGCGGGAUUAUAUCCCUAGACCGUCCAUCUAUUGAGGUAGGCCUCCAAGAGUUCAGCUCGGCGGUCUCGCAUUGUAAGUUUGAAGCUAGCGACUCCUCUGGGGACGAGGUCGUCCUGCUUCGAAUCUUGACUGUAAUCGAAGAUUGCAUGUGUGGGAGCGUGGGGGGUAUCUUGGGCGACAUCGAAGUAUGUGAGAUGCUUGAGACUGUGCUGACUACGUGUGUGCAGAUGAGGCUCAGCGAGGCUCUUAGGCGGUCUGCCGAGUUGACCAUGCAUUCGCUUGUGCGAACUGUGUUCUCUUGCCUGCAUGUCCUAGACCCAGCAAUAGAAGAAAGCAGAUUGCUCAAUACUGAGGAAGCGCCGCAGGGUGAAACCGACGCAUCCCCCACCGCAAUUCAUCCACCAUCGGGAGUGCAUUCUGAGGGCGAUCAUUUGGCCGUUCAAACUAUCGCAAGUCCACAAACACCACAAAGGCACCAGUAUGGCCUUCCAUCGCUUGUAGAGCUUCUCCGCGUGAUAAUCAACAUUCUUGAUCCCAACGACCGGCUACACACAGACACUACUCGUUUACUCGCCCUUGGUAUUCUCAAUACAACCUUUGAAAUUUCAGGCCCUCGCCUCGGCGACUUUCCAUCGUUGCGCGCACUUGUCGUCGAUCAUGGCUGCAAAUAUCUUUUCCAAUUGGCCCGUUCCGAGAACUCUGCUAUCCUCCAACUCGCUCUCCGCACCAUCUCGACUAUGAUGAACACGACGCGGAAACAUCUCAAACUCCAACAGGAACUGCUAUUGGCCUUCACAACUGAUCGGUUAGGGCCCCCAAUCACCUCCAACAAAGGUGGAUCACGGUACGGCACGCCGAAUACAAAGGGCGCACCGUUCUCACCACGUCCUGGCACUCCACAAACGGCGUCCCCACUCCUCGAGCCUACUCCGGAAGACGAGAUUGAGAAGGGGAGUCCGGUGCCCAACAAAACCCACGCGCUUCCCGCCAAGGGAGAGAUCCGCGACUUGCUACUAGAGAUGCUGAGCCAAAUCUCGAGGCAUCCGAGCUUCAUGGUUGACCUUUUCACCAAUUAUGACUGCGACAUCAACUCGGAGAAUUUAUUCGAACGACUGAUCGACCUCUUAACAAAGGGUGUAUACACGAACUACUAUCCUGAUGCCCUUCAAAACAACCCACUGAACUCUCAAUACCUGUGCUUGGACUUGCUUCUCACUUUUGUCAAUCACAUGGCGGCACGCGCCGGGGGUGUUUGUAAUAUUUACUAUUCUUGUUCGCCUCUCACACACAUCAAAUCAAAGAAGAAGCUCACUCUCACCGGUGCAGCUCGCUUUAACACCAAGCCGAAGACUGGCCUUGCGUUCUUGGAGGAAAGCGGCCUCAUUUACCACGACUUGUCUCCAGAGGUAUCACGGCCUUUGAGUCUUGCCAUGUUUUUGAAAUCGUGUACACGAUUGGACAAGAAACUGCUUGGCGAUUUUAUCUCGAGGCCCGAGAAUAUCGAUGUUCUGAAGGCAUUCAUUGGCCUGUUCGAGUUCCGAGGUAAACCCAUCGCGGAUGCUAUGCGGGAGCUGUUGGAGUCCUUCCGGUUGCCGGGCGAGGCCCAGCAGAUCGCUCGCAUAACAGAAACGUUCGCAGAAAUUUAUUUUGCUUCCGAGCCAACCGAGAUCAAAUCACAGGAUGCUGUCUAUGUCCUAGCCUACUCGGUGAUCAUGCUCAAUACAGAUUUGCACAACCCUGUCGUUCGGAAACGAAUGACCAUCGAAGACUAUCAACGCAAUCUGAGAGGCGUGAAUGACGGCGCUGACUUCUCGCCCGAGUACCUGCAAGCCUUAUAUGACUCGAUCCGCAAACGCGAGAUCGUGAUGCCCGAAGAGCACGUCGGUCAACUCGGUUUCGAGUAUGCGUGGAAAGAACUGCUGGCUCGUUCGCGGAUGUCAGGUGACCUCAUGAUCUGCAACUCGGCCUUGUUCGACAAGGACAUGUUCAAGUCCGUCUGGAAACCGGUCAUUUCGGCCAUCGCGUAUGCGUUCAUGACUUUCGACGACGACUACAUCAUCGAGCGUGCCAUCGCAGGGUUUCGUCAAUGCGCAACGUUGGCCGGUCAUUUCCACCUGCCUGACGUGUUCGAUUAUGUUGUCGUGUCGUUGUCGCAGGCGACGAGUCUACUAUCAGAGACCCUUCCCACCGAAGUGCCCAUAUAUCCUGUCGUCGAGGUAGAAGGACAGUCUGUCACGGUGUCAUCGCUAUCCGUCAACUUCGGUGCGAACCUGAAAGGUCAGCUGGCUGCGGUGGUUUUGUUCAACAUCGUCAAUGGCAAUGGCAAUGCUGUUCGCGAGGGAUGGACACAGAUCUUUGAAAUGUUUCAGAAUCUGUUCAUCCAUUCUCUGCUGCCUACGAGGAUGCUGCAGAUGGAAGAUUUCCUCGGUGGCGUUUCCAUGAUUCCAUUACGUGGAAGUAGCAACGCCCCAGCGCGACCAGCGCCGAGGAGCGACGGGCUCCUGUCCGCACUGUCGUCGUAUCUGAUGACACCCUACACCUCCUCGCAAGAGAGCCACAUCCCAGAUGCCACCGACGUGGAGAUCGAAAACACGUUGUGCACCAUAGACUGUAUCACGACAUGCCGCCUGGACGAACUGUAUGCGCAGAUAACGCAGCUCAACUUGGAGCCGCUGACUGCGGCGGUCCGUUCUCUCGAAGCCCUGGCACAUGAGCGGACCGUGGCCAGACUGCAGCAAGAGUCUGACGAACUUACGGCCUCGUUUGACGCGUCUUCAUCGCCUCAUCACAGCCCGGCGCGUUCACUCCCGUACGACCCCGCGUCUGUGUUUUUGUUAGAGACGAUGGUCAGCGUGGUAUGCCAGACACCUCAGCACAUAGAAGAGCUCUGGCCCAUUGCGUUCGAGCAUCUCAGCGCUCUGCUGUCUUCAUCGACGAGGUACAGCGUGUUGCUGAUAGAGCGCGCCGUCGUAUCGCUAUUCCGCAUCUGUCUGAUCCUCGCGACCAAGCCUGUCCUCCGGGAUCAGAUCUACAUAUCCUUCGACCUGCUCGGAGGCCUCCCUCCGGCGGUCUCCAACUCCGUCGCGGAGCAGAUCGUCUCGGGGGUCAUGCUGAUCGUGCACAACCACCGCGAAAUCAUCCACUCACAGACGGAAUGGAACCUUGUGCUCGCACUCGUGCGCUCCACCGUCUCGCACCUCGAGGCCUCGCGCACGUCCUUCGACCUGAUCCACAAAGCGAUCGCCGACGGGCCCGAGCAGUGCGUGACGAUCGACAACAUCCCGGGCCUCGUCGCCGUGCUCGACGACUUCGCGACCGCCGCGGGCAUCGUCGUCGAGGCGGAGCAGCGGCAGCCGCGGCGCCGCCCCAAGCCAGACUCGACCAGCUCGCCGGUGAUCGACCGCGGUCGCAAGGCGAUCGACCUCCUCGCCGAUCUGAUGAAGCUCCUCCCGCGCGUCGCCUCGGACGCGGGCGAGAAACCCGACCCCCGCCUGCGCCAGCUCCCUCUCCCGAUCCUCACCGCGCUCUCGCGCCAAUCCACCAGCGCCGCGCGCGAAAUCCGGCACGCCGCACUCGCCCAGCUACAACGCGCGCUCCUCGGCCCGCUCGCGUCGCCCGACGCCGCCACCGACGCCGAGCUCGACGAGCUCUACGAGCGCGUGCUCUUCCCGCUCCUCGCCGCGCUCGCCGCCGCGCCCGCACGCGACCCCGACACGACCGAAGCGCGCCUCCGCGCCGCCGCGCUGCUCUGCAAGGCGUUCAUGCGCUUCGAGGUGCGCGAGACGCCCGCGCGCGACGUGCGCGGGCCGUGGGUGCGCGUGCUCGACGCGCUCGACGCGCUCAUGGGCUCCGACCCGAGCGACCAGAUGACCGAGGCGGUGCCCGAGUCGCUCAAGAACGUCGUGCUGGUCAUGAACGCCGCGGGCAUGCUCGUGCCGCCGCCGCCGCCGUCGCCCGCGGGGCGCGCGGACGCGCGCAGCGAGGCGCAGCGCCUGCUGUGGGCGGCGACGAGGGAGCGCAUGGAGCUGUUCCUGCCUGGCUUCCUCGCGUUCGUGAUCCCCGAGCCGGAGCCAGAGCCGGAGCCCGUGAGAGUGCCAGUGCCGGAGGCGGCGGCGACGGCGGCAGAGGAGGCCGCUGCCGCCGGCGAGGGAGUGCAGUGAUUCGGGCGUCUUUCGCGUUUACCUCCGUCUCUUUACUUGUCUUGUCGCCGAAUAUUCAACGGACGCUAAAUAUCGAUGCCCGACGAAAGCCAUUUCUCACGUGCUG